CUAUGUCGGUAGACAAAAUCACUCCUGACGACAGUCGUAUAUCACAUCGCAGGGCUAAUCUGAAUGGCCAAACAUACCGUACGUUCAUGUCCUUGACCUGGAUCUUGAAUUCGACUGAGCGGAACAGACNNUACAUACUUGGUGUUCCCAGACAUGGGAAAUUCAAGGCAACUGUGUUUCUUAUCCAUGGAUGGCCAGACCUCUCGUAUGGAUGGCGAUAUCAGAUACCCUUUCUGAUCAAGCAAAACAUGCGAGUCGUCGUUCCUGAUAUGAUGGGAUAUGGCGGUACAUCUCCUUUGACCAUCUGUACUCCAUNNGAUGCUCCAUGCUCACCGCCUGCUGAUUUGCGCCUUUAUUCCAUCAAACGUGCUGCAGAUGAUAUCUCAGAGCUGGCCAAGCAGUUGGAGGCGCCUCAGAUUAUUCUGGGUGGUCACGACUGGGGUGGCUUUGUGGUAUACCGGACUGCACAAUGGUACCCAAAGCUCGUGACUCAUGUGUUCUCCGUGUGCACACCAUACACGCCUCCUUCCAGACAUUUCAUCUCGCUUGGUGACAUGGUCAAUGGACCGUUGCCUCAAUUUGGUUACCAGAUGCAACUCAAAGGACCAGAGUUGGAAGCCAACAUAACAUCCUAUGACGAGGUCAAAAACUUUCUGAAGGCUCUAUAUGGUGGAAAAUCUGCCCAAGACAAACCAUGUUUUCGGCCAGAAACUGGUAUAGACUUGGAGGGGUUGAAGACAAUUGGUCUCGCACCCUCGCUCAAUGGGGAGAAGCUUCAAUACUACACGAGAGAAUAUAUGCACCACGGACUGCAUGGUCCUCUGAACUGGUAUCGGACACGUCGUAUCAAUUAUGAAGAUGAAUUGAAG